CAACGCGACAUCAAGAUGGCCGGCCUUUUCGAUUGGAAGAAACAGCCGGCGUAUCAGGCAUACUCCUCUCACUCCGUUCGCCCCGAUGGGCUGCCUCCAUAUGAGGUGGACGAGAAUGGAUUCUACAAGGUGGCUCCCGGCGAGCUCUAUUGCCGUGCCUACGAUAAGGAAAACGCCAUCUGCCCAAAUGACAGAAAGCAGUGGCAGCCGUCGAACCUCCGCCACCACCUGAAGACAACUCAUAAGUACACCUUAUUGGACCUCCCCCCGGGUAAGGCCAACGUUGUCGAUGCGAAGAAGAUCGACCGUAAGUUAUUUCGUAAUCUACUACUAAUCGAUUAACUAGGCUUCUACCAGACUAUGAACCAGCGUAUUACUGAGGCUGCCGGUACUACUGAGAUCACCAAUACUGAGUCUGGUCUGGACGAUUUUGAGCAGCGAAUCGAACGCGCUAAAGAGCUUGUCCGUCAGGGCUCUUCCCAGGCCGUAGCAGCUCAUCGGUACGGUAUC